UUUUUUUUUUGGGUUCCGUUCUUUCUUUUUGUUGCCCGAUUCGCAGUGUUUUUCUUUCUUUUCUUUUCUUUUCUUUUCAUUCUUAUUGUUCUCUUUUUUCUGUGUCUGUUUUGUUGUAUUUUUUGUGGUGUUGUUUUUUUUUUGCUGCGUUGCUGCGGAGGGGGUGAUGAGGAACCAGCGUUCAGUGGCUCGGCUUUUGCUGCUGCUACUUUUGUGGCUCGUGGCAACAACCGCAGUGCUCGCUGCAGACGCACACUCCGACCGCGCUCGGCCACCGGGUCGACGGGCAGGGCCAUCAGCCGACCACAGCAGCAACAGCAAGUGGGCGGCGCUGGCAAAAGCGGCGCAGGCGUGGACUGAGCAGGCGACUGCCCCGCCGAGCGAGCGCGCCAUUGAGCACGUUCUCGCCUACCUCGAGCUCACGUCCGCGGGUGCUGUGCCAGACAAUGAGCACCAGCAACAGCAAGAAGGAGACGCAGUCACACCCGAGGCCCUUGCCCGCGUCGUCGACCGGCGGCGGCGGCGGCAGGAGCGAGGCGAAAGCGACCCGACCGCCCUGUCAUCUGCGUGGCUCCGAGCAGUCACAAACCGCGCCGUGCGCAGCGACGAGGAGCUGAGCGGCCGCGAGCAGCUUUUGCAGAGGAAGAAGCUACGUCGGCAGCAGCAGAUGGGUGCGGGCCAGCCGCGCACUCGCACUCGCACUCGCAGCAGUCGUCGUAGCAGUGCUGAGCGGCGUGAGGGCGAGGCAGCCGCCUCAGACAGCAGCAGCAGCAGCGCGUACCUUCUGCCACCCGUCCUGCGCGUUCUCUGGCAUGAUUCGCCCUCGUGCAGCGAGUUUCGCAAUCUCGUCGCGGCUUUCGACGCGGACAUUGCGGCGGUUGAAAUUGAUUGUCUGCCGUAUUCGACGUGGUUUGACAUUCUGUAUUCGAAUCAGUCUGCAAGUGCAUCCAUCUUAGACUAUGAUUUGGUCAUGUUCAACGAAAUGUGGCUACCGUAUGCGGUCAACAGCAGUCUUGUCACGCGCUGGACCCCUGUGGCCAGCAACCCUUCUUCGGACUGGGUCAAUUCUGGCACGACUGCAUUCUUUAGUUACCCUCAGACUUCUCAAAACGCAUAUGGCUAUCCGCUGGAAGGCGACGUGCAAACAAUCAUGUUUCGGUUGACGCCAAUGAUUGAGGGUGCACGCGUCGCCGCCCAACUGAACGACACGAAAACAAACGACCUCUUCUAUGUUCAGCAGACCGCUGAUGUUUGCCCCGUGGAGCUCGUAUAUCUCGGCCUGUGCAAGACACACAUUUACCGCCCUCCGCUAUCGCUGCAGCAGCUGGUGAAGCAAGCCGAGUUUCUGCAACAACACAACAUUACUCAGUUUGGCUUUUCAGCCAGCUGGUGUACCCAACACAAUGGGGACUCGCUUUCUACCUGCCAAGACCGCUCGUUUUCGCUCUUCUUGACGUAUGCGUAUCUUGCAAGUGGUGCGCUGUGGAAUCCGACCACCUACGAAGUGGAAGGCUACAUCAACUCUCCAGUCAACGUGGCCGCUCUUGAGCUCAUCAAGCAACUUGUCGCCACUGGGCCAACGGACGACGCGUUUGUUGGGCUCCAAUCCCCUCCAGACGCAACCAACGAGAUUGAGCGAAAUAUCGAGCUGUUUUGCUCGGGCAAAGUCGCCUUUUUGCAGCUAUGGAGCAGUUCGAUCCCUCACGUCAAUAGCACCGACUCGUCCAUUGUUGGAGGCCCUCAAUGGCAAAAGUGCUUCACCAACAACAACGAUCUUGGUGUGUUCGCCAUCCCGGCCUUUCAGCAAUCCACGCUCGCUGGCACAGAGCUCCCUCAGAGACGAAACUUGAUGGGUGGUUAUGGCAUUGCCGUUGUGAAUGGAUCCCCGUAUGUCGCCGAGGCCUCCGCGCUGGUCAACUACAUUUCGCGGUGGGAAAACCAAGCCUUUUGGUCGCAGUCUUGUAGCGGUCUCUCGGUCAGUUCUACAUUGUUGCAGCUAGGUCAAAACUUGGAGGAUGCCAUUUCGGUACUGCUUGAUCUGUUGUGCGUGAACAAUUCGACCUCCUCGUCGUCGUCGUCGUCGUCGUCGUCGGUGCCGACAUCUACCGCAGCCUCCUUCGCCUCCCCCGUUUCAGCCACUGCCAGUCCGCCAGAUUGCACUGCAGACUUGACUUGGGUUGUGGCGAUCAUCGUUCUACUUCAGCUCAGCUCCAACGACAUGCUCACCAACGUGUAUUCGCUCGCGUAUCCAUUCGCCUCCGGGACGUGGGGCUUGAAAGAAGCACCUGCACUCAUCGACAUGACCAAUCGCUAUGUGACUCGUGCUCUUUUCGGCGACAUGAGCUCCAAAGCUGCAUUGGACAAGCUGGCAACGGCCCAGCAGGCGCUGAUUGACGCUGCCUAUCCGAACAUUCGCAAUCCUGCUGCCGGCGAGGAGGACGUUCUGAGUCCUGGCGCGAUCGCUGGCCUCAUUGUCAUGGCGAUUGUCAUUGUUGCGCUGGUUGGCUUGACCGUGUGGCGCCAGCGGCAGUACAAGCGGCAGAAAGAGCUUGAGGCCCUGCAGCAAUGGCAGAUAGACUUUAAUGCGCUUACCGACAUUGAGGUGGUGGACAACGUUCCUCACACGGCUCGGUUUGAGCACAAACUCGUGUACUUGAUUCGCUACACGCCGCUCACCAUGGCCGUUGUUCGACGAAGUAGCCCCCAUACGAUCGGCUCUCCCAAUGGCGGAAACAAUGCGGGCAACGAUGGAAGCGCCUCCAACGGAAGCUCUGGUUCUGAGGAGUUUGCCAUGGAGGAGCUCUCCUCUGGUGGUGGUGGCGGAUCCCAAUUCCCUCCAAAUGGUAAAAACGCCCUCUUCCGUCGCUCCACGGCUGCGAAAAUCAGUAGCGCCAUGCAAGCUUCGACGCAGCGCUUGAGACAACGGGCUCGCUGGGUUGCUCAACCUUCAGCCAAUCCCGAGGUCGAAGAAGCCAGCCUGCUCAACCGGCUUGCCCCAGACUUUGUCAAGUUGCGAGAGCUGCGACACCCGAACGUGGUUGAGUUUCAUGGCUGCACGCGUGUGCCCCCGACGCCUCGCUACCUCGUGUUUGACUACUGCGCAAAAGGCAGUCUCGCCGACGUGCUGCGAUUCUCGAGCAUUCCGCUGGAUAUUCAUUUUAAAUUUUGCAUGGCCAUGGACGCUGCCCGAGGUCUGGCAUUUUUGCAUGAGCGUGGCAUCGCACACGGACGGCUGCGUUCCAGCAAAAUCCUUGUCGACGAUCGCUUUGUGUGCAAAAUUUCAGGAUUUGGGCUCCACUCGAUCAUGGGCGAGUCGCGUGCCGAUAUGCUGUUCUCGGGCAACCCUGCCAACCACCAGCCUACCGUCGCAAGUUUGCCUACGGAGCGAUCCUCGUCGCCCUCCGGGUCGCUUGCCAUCGACUUGAUCGGUCCAGACGCGACCAAUGGAGCAUCUGCCUCCUCGCCAACCACGCCGCGAAGCUCCAAUGGAAUAGCGGCCGCUCUCGGUCGUGCACACAAGGCACUGAGCGCGCCUGCCAUUCCAGUGUCUCACUCUCCGCCAGGCUCGCCGCAACAUCAGCAGCAGACCCAGCAGCAGCAGCAGCAGCAGCAGCAAGGCACACCGACGCACCCAUCGUCUCUCUUGGCUGUUCCGGCUGGUCCUCCAGUAAUGCUGCGCUCGCCUUCACCAAACCCCGCUGCGUUUGCCAUGAGCGCGAGCGCGAGCUCCGUGCCGCCGGUCGGGGGGCCAUCUCUUCCAAACGGGUACCUCGGCGGCACCGUUCAUGGAGCGCCGUUUCUGUGGGUCGCACCAGAAAUCCUCGCGCUUGACAUGCCGGACGACGAUGACGAGGAUGACGUGGCUCGGCCAUCGGACACGCGUUCGAAUGCUUCCGAGCGCAGCUAUCUCGAGCUUGACUUGCAUACGAUUGACUGGUUCAAGGCAGACAUGUACUCCUUUGGCAUUAUUCUGUGGGAGUUGCUGGAUGGCCAUCACAUUCCCUACAGCCACUUGCCCGAGCUGACCUCCGACCAGCUCCGAAGGCGGAUUGUUGCUGGUGCAGCGGUGCACCCAACGACGAGCCUUCGAGGCAGCGUUGCUGGAACGUCGUCCUUUGGGCACACCGCUUCGGCCCGUCAGUCCACCGGCUCGGUGUCGGAGCCUCGUCUGCGCUCGCAGUCUGUUCACUUGGAUUCCGAGUCUCGCCACCGUGCGCAGUCUGCUCACCAGGAUUCCGAGUCUCGCGUUCGUUCGCAGUCCUUCCACUUGGAUUCUGAAGACGACAGUGUUGAAGACACUGGCGAUGCACCACCGAGGGAGGCUCGCUCGCACAUUGCGCACCAGAGCGAUUCGAGCCUUCCAGGGCUUGGUCGCGGACCUGAUCGCUCGGGUCAGGCUUCUCGCGGUCAUUCGCCAUCUCAUCAGAGCCUGAGUGCCAUUGCGGACAAUUUCAGCACAACCAGCGGGCGCGGGAACUUUUAUGGAACAACCACGACCUUUGGCAGCCAGUUUUCGCUCCGUCACCGCAUUCUUGUGCGACCAGAUCUGGAGGUUGUCAGUCGCUCGGAUGAUCCACAGUUGCACAGCAUGGCUGCAAUUGCGCGGCGUUGCUGGGAGCCCGAGCCCGCAAAUCGAUUUGACCAGUUCAACGAGGUUGUGCGCGAACUCGAAGCCAUGGGUCGGAUUGCAGGCCAGUCCCUGUUGGAGCGCAUGGCUUUCAUGCUCGAAAAGUACAGCACCCAUCUCGAGGACAUUGUCGAAGAGCGCACGCUCGAGCUCGAGGACGAGAAGCGUCGCGCCGAGUCGCUGCUGUAUAAUAUUCUCCCCAUCUCGGUUGCAAAGCGCUUGCAAGAAGACGUCAACUUUAUCGGCGAUUUGCACCCAGAGGCGACCGUGUUUUUCUCGGAUAUUGUGGGCUUUAGCGCCAUGUCGCAUAGCGCGUCGCCUGCUGAUGUUGUCAGCAUGCUCAACCAGCUCUUUACCAUGAUGGACAAGCUUGCCGAUGAGCACAAGCUGGAAAAGAUCAAGACCAUCGGUGAUGCGUAUAUGGCAUGCUGCGGAUGCCCCACCUACUACCCGAAUCACGUCCAGCGCGUUGCCUUGUUCGCACUCAAUGUCCAGCGAAUGGAGAUCAUGGGCAUCAAUGGCACGCCACUGCAAAUGCGUAUUGGCAUUCACACGGGCCCCGUGAUUGCCGGUGUUGUCGGAACGCGCAAGUUUGCCUACGACUUGUGGGGCGAUACGGUCAACACUGCCAGCCGCAUGGAAAGCAACGGCGAACCGGGCAAGAUUUGCGUGAGCGAGGCCACAUACCAUAUUCUCAAGGACUCGUUUGAGUUUCAAGUGCGCGAAUCGAGGUACAUCAAAGGCAUUGGCGACUGCGUCACGUACUUUUUGCUGGGCGUCAAGGGCAAGAAGGUGUUUGGGCCGCGCCCACCCACAUCCAAGUGGGCUCAGCUUGCGAGCUCGGACUUGCGGCGCAGACUGAUUGCCACUGGAGGAGUGAAGGGAGCGUUGCUUCGAAUGCAAUCCUUUGGCGGGUCGCACGGCUCUGCCCAACCCCUGCCGAGCGCAGACGGUGGCCACACCAACAACAACAACAACAACAACAACAAGACCCAGUCGCCGCCGUCGUCGUCUCCUGGCUCGCCGAAGGCUUCCGUCAGCUCUGGCGCUGCCGGAGAAGGUGCCUUUGCGCUUCAUGCGAGCUCGCCGAGCGCAAAGCCCGACGAGCUUCGUCGGCGAGCUGUUCGUCGCCGCAUCAUGGCUGCUGUGACUGCGACCGGCCGGCUGCGAGCGCCUCGCCCCUUGUCCCUCUUGGGCUCCCAGAGUUCCCGUGACUUGUUCUCAGAACCGCUCUGCCUCUCCGGCAGUGACGAGUCCGAGGCGUUUGACGAGAAUGAGGGCUACGCCGAGCUGCCACCGCGUCGCAAAACAGUGGGUGACGUUGCUGCUGGCCAUGUCUCUUUCGGGUCUCGACUUGCUGUGCACGAGGCCAGCCCGGUAGCAGAUGCAUCAGUUGCCGAGCAUGGCAGCGCUGCUGACCACGUUCAGCUUUCUUUCCCGGAUGUCGUGAUUCAGGUAAUGGAGAGCAACCGUCGUCAAGGCGGCGAUCCGUCAAACCUCAGUGCCUUUACGGAAAUCAGUGGCUUUGGCCGCCGCAAGUCUCUUCAAAUGCUUCAGGCCGAGCAAGAGCAGCUGCGGCAUGCCCCACUGCUCGUCCAUGUUCCCGAGGGUGGAGAUUCGGAAAGCGCCGUUUAA